GAACUAUGGAAGCUUCCCUCCUCCAGUUCCGUUUGUUUGUUGUCCCGUCAACUCACCCCUCGGAUUGUACAUUCAACCUGCAACAAUUUGUGAGCCGCGACUAAUCAGCAAAUAUUAUCACUAGCAUUUCUCAUCCUACCCGCCGGCCUCCCCCUUAAUUAUCUCACCAGCGAAGUCUCCUCUUGUAGCCAUAAACUAGUCAUGUCAAGUCCAGAAGUACUCCCAGACUCCGAAGCCAAAAGAUGGAAGUAUCUCAACAAUGUCCGAACACGGCCAGGCGCAUUCGUGGAUCCGGAAGAGUUUGAUGGCUCAACGGUAGUAGAGAACAUGAACAAAAUCAAGAUCUUAGUCAUGUUAGUCUCAGCUUAAUGAUUUGACGGGUCAUGGUUAUGAGAACUGACGGCAAGGUAGCGGAGCUGGAGGACUGGGUUGUGAGAUCCUCAAGAACCUCGCCCUUUCCGGGUUCAAGGACAUUUCCGUCAUCGACAUGGAUACGAUCGACAUCUCCAACCUUAACCGCCAGUUUCUCUUCCGUCACGCGGACGUAGGGAAAUUCAAAGCCGAAGUAGCUGCCAAGUUCGUUGAGAGAAGAGUCAAAGGCGUCAAGAUCACGCCAUAUAACUGCAAGAUACAGGACUUCGAUGAAGACUUCUACCAGCAGUUCCAGAUUGUAGUCUGCGGACUGGACAGCAUCGAGGCACGCCGAUGGAUCAACGCCACCCUGGUCAACAUGGCGAGUUGUGAAAACCCUGAUAGCAUGAAACCUCUCAUCGACGGCGGCACCGAGGGCUUCAAGGGCCAAGCCCGCGUUAUUCUACCGACCAUGGGCUCUUGUAUCGAGUGCCAGCUAGACAUGCACGCUCCCCGAGCCGCCGUUCCUCUUUGCACUCUCGCCAGCAUCCCCCGCCAGCCGGAGCACUGCAUCGAAUGGGCGCACGUCAUCGCUUGGGACAAGGAGAAGCCGUUCCCGCAGCUCGACAAGGACGACCCGGAGCACAUCACCUGGCUCUACCAGAAAGCCCUCGAGCGGGCAAAGGAAUUCAACAUAUCGGGCGUCACGUACUCUCUGACGCAAGGCGUGGUGAAGAACAUCAUCCCGGCCAUCGCGGCCACGAACUCGGUCAUCGCCGCGGCCUGCUGCAACGAGGCACUCAAGAUCGCAUCCAGCUGUGCACCCUUUUUGGGCACCCCCGGCGAAGGCGAGCCUAAUUAUAUGAUGUAUUCCGGCAACGACAGCAUUUACACGUAUACGUUUAAGCACGAGCAAAAGGAGGACUGCCCCGUGUGCGGCAUGACGGCAAGGGUGCUCAAGGUCAACCCCAAGUGGACACUCGAAGAGCUCAUAGAGUCGUUUGCUACCCUUCCUGAGGCGCAACUGAAGAAGCCGUCGGUGCGGGCUGAGGGCAAGACGCUGUACAUGCAGUUGCCCCCGAACUUGGAGGAGCAGACGCGGCCAAACUUGGAGAAGACACUUGAGCAGCUUGGGCUGACGGAAGGUACUGAGCUCGCCGUUACUGAUCCAGCGUUUGUAGGCGUGGUGUUCAACUUCAGCCUCAAGUUUGCAUGAUGGUCCCCAGACAUGAACGUGUCAUGAUGGCCUGGCCUGGUUUGCCUGGACUUUGUUCAUGCUAUUUAGGGACUAGAUUUGUAAAUUACCUACGAGCGGGAGCGUUGCACAACAAGCAGCGGGGAAUGACCCGCAAGAUGGCUAUAGCGAUGAGUUAACUUCCUUUGCAAUUAAUUAGAUGUGAAUACAAGAUAUGAUUAACAAUGUG